AUGGCCUUAGAAGAUGAAUGUCAAAUAAUAACAGACUCUGACCCUAUCAACGCUAAUUCUGUUAUUAGAGACGACGAACAUCUAAAUAUGAAUAAAGAUUCGCCAUUUAUUCCAUCAAUUUAUGAUGACUGUGAAGAUAUAAAUCUGACGAACAAGAACGAUGAUGUGAUUCUAUUGCCCGCAGCUUCAAAUGAGUCUAAAUUACAAGAACAAGAACAAGAACGGGAACAAUAUAACUUAUUAAAGUCAAAAAAUUCUGAUAAUAAUGCUGACAACAGCAAGUUCUAUUGGGUUCCUUUGAAAAAAUCUCUCAGGAUCUCUACAAACAAUCAAUUAAACUUAAAAAUAUUCGAAAUAUGUGGAUUACUUCGAAAUUUUUAUCACGGUCUUAAAGUACGUCAUCUUGAAAGAUCUUUAACCGCAUAUAAUUAUCUUCGUAAAACUCCCGGUCUUUCGCUAUUAACCCGUAGUGACUAUAGAGAUCUUAUAAAUGUUAUUGUUCGGGAAACUCCAAAACGAGAGCGAAAUCCUAACACUCUACUUGAUAUUAUUGAUGAUUUAAAAUCGCAAGGAUUUCCAAUUUAUAUCGACGAGUACAACUCUCUUCUCCACUUUAUUCGCAGUUCUUUUGCAAAUACAACGGGGGUAAUAACACGUCAACAAAUCGAUGAUGCUAUAUCGAUAUUCAAUGAAAUGAAAUUUCAAGGAAAUAUUCAGCCAAGUAUAAUAACAUUUAGUAUUUUAAUUGAAAUGGCGAUUCAAGGGAAUCAAAUACAAUUAGCCGGACAAUUAGUAGAUGAGAUGCAAACAGUUUAUCGCAUUCAACCUGGUUUAUUUAUUUUUACGACGAUUUUUAAUGGAUACGCGAAAGUGAAUGAUUUUCAAGGACUGCUGAAAAUUUUUAAUGCGAUGUUGAAAUCAGGCUGUAAACCGGAUAUUACUGUCUUGAAUAUUCUCAUUAAAACAUACGUUAAAGCUGAGAAUAUGGAAGCGGCAAUGGAACUUUACAAAGCUAUUGCAAAUAGAGUAAAGGAUGCGAUAAGUGAUAAAGAAUGGAUUAGAAGCUUACCAAAUGAUAUAAUCAUCAAAGACGACUAUACUGAUUCUUCUAGAGAAGUUAAUAAAAAUGAGAGUCGAGAUCAAAAAAGUAAUUUUUUUUCAAGUAAAUUACAUAACGCGAUUUUAGUCUAUCUUAAUAGUCAAACACGCAAACAAAUUAUUCAGAAUGUCACCCCGACUAUCUCCACCUUUCACGUAUUAAUAAAUGCCCUUAUUGACUGUGAAGAGUGGAUCAGAGCCAUUGAAAUUUUGAACGAAAUGAAGGAAAUGCAAGUUAAUCCGACAAUUACAAUCUAUCAUUUAUUUUUGGAACGAAUUUAUUACGAGUUAAAGGUGCAAAAUCGAACACCAAAUCAAUUUCCUAUCCAACGAUGGUAUCAUAAAAAGGGAAUCCCAAUGUUAGACACUUUGCCGCAUACACCUACUGAUUUUGGACCAAUAUUUGAUCAGAUAUAUACGCAUCUAUCGCAAAAUGAACUCGUUCGACCCACAAUAAAAACACAUGAAUUGAUAGCAUUAAUUAAUUUAUUAUUGGGAGGGCAAAAGAGAGAGCAAAACGCAUUAAAAUUGAUACAAUGGAUGAUAGAAAAAAAAUACAAAGUAGACGCUAGACUAAUGCAGUGGGUUCGGGUACGGGAAGAGGCAUUGCAGGAAAACAAAUAA